AUGGAGAAGGCGCGCGAGCUGGACGACGUGCGGGGCGCUGGGCCGGCGGCGGCGGCGGCGGGGCCCGACAGCUCCCCGGAGCCGCCGCCCGCGCCCCGGCCCCCGCCGCCGCCCGCGCCCCGGCCCCCGCCGCCGCCGCCCUCGCCGCCGCCGCCCGCCAGCCCCGAGGCCCCCGGGCCCCCGCGGCCCGAGCCGCCGUCCGAGGCCAGCGCCCGGCAGCUGCUGCUGGAGGAGUGGGGGCCGCCGGGCGGGAGCCUCGAGCUGCCCGCCGGCCUCACCUGGACGCUGCUGCUCCUGCGCCGCCCGCUCUACCGCAACCUGCUGCGCUCGCCCAACCCCGAAGGUAUUAACAUUUACCAGCCAGCUCCUCCUACUGGCCCCACCCAGCAACCACUGGAGGCCCUGGGCAAUUUCCAUGGAUGGUACAUUGGAUCUGAAAAGCUCCAGCACAAUCUCAGCUGGACAGUGAAGCAGCAGUGCGUGAACCUCCUGGCAGAGGGCCUGUGGGAGGAGCUACUGGAUGACGAGCAGCCGGAUGUCACCGUAAUGGACUGGUUUGAGGACAGCCGGCUGGACGAUUGUGUGUAUGAACUGCACGUCUGGCUGCUGGCCGCCGACCGCCGCACGGUCAUUGCACAGCACCACGUGGCCCCCCGCACCUUGGGGAGGGGCCCCCCGGGGAACUGGAUCCAGGUGUCACACGUCUUCCGUCAAUACGGCCCCGGGGUGAGGUUCGUCCACUUCCUGCACAAGACCAAGAACCGCAUAGAGCCCAGGGGCCUCCGCAGGACCAGGGUGACCGACUCCUCCGUGUCUGUGCAGCUCAGGGAGUGAUG